AUGUCGACUACCAUGAAUAUCAAUAACGAGGACGCAAAGUGGCAGCUUGCUGAAGUUUCCAGCCCUCAUCUUCUCAAUCCUGUUUCUGUCUAUGUUGCCAAGAACAUCCCGUAUACCUCAAAUCCAAACCGCUUCCAAAACGUCACCAUCUAUGCUCCACGCUUUAUCAAGUCCUUAGUCGGCAUUGGCGAAGCCAUCACGACUCUCCCUUCCAUAUCUUCCGCUUCCAAGGGUCCCCAAUGGCUCGUCCAUAUUCAUGGCGGCGCCUGGAGAGAUCCUUUCCUGGACUCCUCAUCCAUCGAAGCAGCAGUGGCUCAUGCGUUUUCAUCUGACGAUUCGGAUGUGCCUAUCUCAGCAAUUGUCUCCAUCAGCUAUACCCUCUCCCCGUUUCCUACGCAUCCCACUUUGCCUUAUGAUCCUAAGAAGGGGGAUGUUCUUCAAGCUUUCACUCUACUUUGCUCACUCGGACUGGAAGAUGACUCGUACAUUUUAUCGGGCCAUAGCGCUGGUGCUUGCCUUGCAUUCCAGGCGGCUUUGUUUGACGCGCAACACUGGGGUCCCGAGUUCGAAGACAUACCUCCGCUCCCACGUCCUGCGGCCGUACUUGGCUUGAACGGUCUAUACGACAUCCCAGAUCUUGUCAGUGGUCUGGGCGACUCGCACCAACAUCUUCAGGAAGUCUACAAGAUUCUACUAGUACAGGCUUUUGGAGAGGACCAAACUACAUGGCCAGCGGCAAGUCCGGCAAGGUUCGAUGUCAAGACGCUGAAUAAAAGGGAUGAGGAAGAGAGGGUUGCCCGUCUCGUUCUCCUUGAUCAAAGUCCCGAGGAUCAACUGGUGCCGAUCGCCCAAGCAGACAAGAUGGAGCGGCAUUUGAAGGAAGUCCAAGGAAUCAAAGUGGUCAGAGGCCACCGCUGCCAAGGCAGACAUGCUGCUCCUUGGGAAGAGGGUUACAUGAUUUGGCAGAGCGUUCUAGAUGUCCUGGGCAUGCUAGACAGUGAGGGCUGA